UGUGUGUGUGUGUGUGUGUGUGUGUGUGUGUGUUGUGCUGUGUGUCGCAGGCUCCGUGGGAAAGCUCCAGCAGAGACGGAGGAGGAGGAGGAGGAGAACACACCGGUCACAAGUCCAGUCUGCAGCCGACACACGAGCCACCUGCCUCGGACUAUUUACCGGACACACACCGCUGGAUAAACAACUCCUAGAAAGCUCCGGAGAAAAAGAUUCCACGCUGAAAAGUUUUUAAGACGUAUUCACCUGUUACUACGUUUGCUGACACUUUUUUGGAAGUAGUUUGUGACUUAUUUUUGGGAGGGAUCAUUCAUUUUUCACAACUUUGCGAGAAGGAAGGAAACUAACCUGAAACUUUUUCAUCAUCUCUUGGAUUAAAUCUCUGAUAGCAUUCCUGUUAAACCAUAACUCAUCAGUGUUCCUAAAAACAAUUGAUUCUCUAAAAUAUAUCACAGGGGAUCGAGAAAAAGGUGUCACUUUUUCUGUUCAGACAGGGAAAAACUUUUUUUAUUUUUUUUACUUUAAUAAAAACCUCCACACCUCCCCGGGGGAGAGGCAGACAUUCUCCCCGCCGUCCAUGCACCAUGAAGCGGCCGUGCGAGGACAGCAGCUCGGCAGAAAGUGACGCGGAGGAGACCAUCGAUGUGGGCAGAGAAAGCAUUUCUCCAGGACACAUGAAGACGUCCUUUAUGGGAUUCGGAUCACCAACAACCACCACUCAAGUGAUGGCGAGGAAAAAGCGCAGAGGGAUUAUCGAGAAGAGACGCAGAGACAGGAUCAACAACAGUCUGUCGGAGUUACGGAGGCUCGUCCCCACGGCGUUCGAGAAGCAGGGCUCAGCUAAACUGGAGAAGGCCGAGAUUCUGCAGAUGACUGUGGACCACCUGAAGGUGCUGCAGGCCACUGGAGGGAAAGGUUAUUUUGACGCCCACGCCCUGGCGCUGGACUUCCUGUCUCUGGGUUUCCGGGAGUGUGUGACUGAGGUUUCCCGCUACCUGAGCGCCGCCGAGGGCCUGGACUCCAGCGACCCCCUGCGGUCCCGCCUCCUCUCCCACCUCGCCUCCUGCUCCUCGCAGCGAGACGCCGCUGCCCUCGCCAUCACCUCCUACUCCCCCCACCCCUCCCACCACCACCACCCCCACCACCUCCAGCAGCAGCCUCACCCGUUAACUCACCCCUUCCACCCCCACCACUGGGCUGCUGUCGCCGCUGCUGCCGCGUUCCGGCCUCCGGCGUACGGACUGAGCGGGCUGUGCGUUUCUUCGGACCCCCAGAGGCUGGCGGAGGCGUCCCAGCGCAGCCACGUAGACUCCACCACUUCCUCCUUCUCCUCCUCCUCCUCCUCUUCCUCCUCCCACACCCCUCUGACCACCUCCCUCCUGUCCCUCUCGGCGUCGUUUCCCAUCAUCCACGCAGGAUUCCCCAUGCUGCCUCCUGCCUCCUUCCCCUCCUCCUCCGCCGCCACCACCGUCGCCGCCGCCACCGCCACCAGUCCUCCCAUCUCUUCUUCCUCUUCCUCUUCCUCUUCCUCCUCCUCGGCCCAGACCCCUCGCAGCAGUAAGCCCUACAGACCGUGGGGAACCGAGGUCGGAGCUUUCUGACCGUUGACUAACCCUCAAACUGUUUUAACAUCACCAGCCAACUAAUUACUUAUAACCCUCGCUUAAUGCGUCCGGUGUACUCGCCGUACCCGACCGGUCGCGCGCCAGUGUGACGUCACGGGAGCGCCGUGACUGUUUCUACCCGCGCUCGUGGUGCUCGCGACACUAGCUGCAGUCUUCUCCUGAACAGAGGUGGCGCUAAUGAGGAAAGGCUACCAACGUUGCUCUUUCUACGGACUAGGAGAAGAAGAAGAAGGUAAACAACGGCAGA